AUGGCUGCUCCCGUCCCUUUCAGCGAUAUCGCUAAGCCAGCGAACGAUCUCCUCAACAAGGAUUUCUACCACACCCAGGCUACCAACCUCGAGAUCAAGUCGAAGGCUCCCAACGGCGUUGCGUUCAACGUCAAGGGCAAGUCUGCCCAUGAUGGUCCUAUCUCAGGCUCGGUGAGCUUCACGAUUACACAGAAAUAUUUCAGAGCAUAUGUUGACAACAAGCGAAUAAAGCUCGAGGGCAAGUACGCCGAUAAGGCCUCUGGCUUGACCUUGACCCAGACCUGGACUACGGCCAACAGCCUGGACACCAAGCUCGAGCUCGACAACUCCAUCACUCAGGGUCUCAAGGCUGAGGUUCUCACCAACUACCUCCCCGCGAAGCAGGCCUAUGGCGGCAAGGUCAACCUGUUCUACAAGCAGCCUUCCGUCCACACCCGUCUGUUCACCGACGUCCUCAAGGGUCCCACCGCUACCUUCGAUGCCACGAUUGGCCACGAGGGCUUCCUUGUCGGUGGUGAGGCUGGCUACGAUGUCUCCAAAGCCGCCAUCACCAAGUACGCUCUUGCUGCUGGCUACAGCCAGUCCACCUAUGCCGCCGCCAUCACCGCUACCAACAACCUGAGCCUUUUCUCCGCUAGCUACUACCACAAGGUGAACACUGAGGUCGAGGUCGGUGCUAAGGCUACGUGGGACUCUGCCCAGAACUCCAACGUCGGUCUUGAGGUCGCCAGCAAGUACAAGCUCGAUCCCAGCUCCUUUGCCAAGGCCAAGAUCAACGACCGUGGUAUUGCCGCCCUUGCCUACAACGUCAAGCUAGGUACCGGCAGCACUCUCGGUCUCGGUGCCUCUUUUGAUACCCAGAACAUGAACCAGGCCUCUCACAAGGUCGGCGCUUCUUUCACCUUUGAGGGUUAA